AUGGAUAAGCAGCGUAAGUCGAAGCAUCCCAAGACUAAUGCCACCAUUGUUGCCUCUUCUUCUGAAGAAGUGAGCAGUCUUGAGUGGGAAGAAAUAGCAAUGACUCAAGAAGAAGAGGAUUUGAUUUGCAGAAUGUAUAAGCUUGUCGGUGAAAGGUGGGAAUUAAUAGCCGGGAGGGUUCCAGGAAGAACAGCAGACGAGAUCGAGAGGUUUUGGGUGAUGAAGAAUCAUCGAAGAUCUCAAUUACGUUGA